CCUGGAGCAGCUGGUCUCGCCUGUGGCCUCCCCGGCCGACAGCAGGCCGGACCCAUGUGCAAGAGAGACUGUGCUGAGUGCCAUCAGUAAGAGCAGGAAGAGGGCUGUGGAGCAGCAGGAGGAGGAGGAGGAGGACCAGGCUUUUGGGAACGAUCAGGAGAGCAAGAGAAGGCCUGGCUCUCUGAAGAGGAGCCUUGUCUCACACUGUCCAGAUGACUGUUCAAACAAGAGGUCACGCACCUCUUCCAUCAGCUCCCUGAACAAUACCUACACUGCCGGGAUCCCCAGCUCCAGCCACAAUGUCAUCUCCAGCUCCUACAGCUCCAGCUGUGGCCUCUCACAGCUGAGGAAGAGAAGUGGCGUGAGCGUGUCCUCACUGUCCAGCCCAGCGUCUUCCCGCUCCCAGACGCCGGAGCGGCCUCUCAAGAAAGCCAGGGAAGAGGAGUUACAUCGCUCCAACACCUCCACUCCAGCAAAAUCAGACAAGGAGCUGCAAACAGAGAAAGCGGUGGAGACGCCGGUGCGGAAGAGGCGGAAUUCCCCGAGCCCACAGUCCACGUCGCAGAGCAGUGGGACGCGCAGGCGGAAGAUCCAGUUGCUGACGCCUAACCUGGCGGAACCGCUGGCGCUGCCCCCGCCACCUCAGCUGGGCUACUCCAUCACGGCGGAGGACCUGGACGCGGAGAAGAAGGCAGCGUGGCAGUGGAUAAACAAAUUCUUGGAGGAUAAGACUGGGGCGCAGACCCCCAACAGCCUGGCAUCUCCGGCAUUCACAGAGCUGGGCCAGACCCCCAGUAAGCCUCCCUCUUUUCCAAAGCCGAGCAUCCUUUUCGGGAUGCUGAACACCCCUCCUGCCAGCCAGCUGGCAACAACCACGACUGCUGCUGUGCCCACCACAACCGCUGCUGUGCCCACUGCGACCACUGCUGGGCCCACCACAACCCCCGUCUUCAAACCCAUCUUUGGCGCUUUGCCGAAAAGCGAAAGCACAGCACCCUGUACAGCUGUUGUCUCUGCCUCGGUCACCGUGCCUGCGAGCUCAGGCCCUUCUUCGACCAAGCCCGCUGCCGGCCCCGUCAGCUUUGGCCCCCCGUUCAGUUUCGGAGCCCCCGCAGCCCAGUCCGCAGCUCAGCCGGCCUUCGGCAGUGGCGCUCAGCCAGCCUUUGGCACAGCCAGCGCCCAGGGCUCCUUCGGCACCAGCAGCACCCAGGCGGCGUUCGGAACCACCACAUCCAUCUUCUCUUUCGGGACAGCCACCUCCACCACCGCCGGCUUCGGUUCCACCACCCAGACCCCAACCAGCAGCACCGGCACCGCUGUCUUCGGCACCACCCCUUCUCCUUUCACCUUCGGGGCAAGCGCCCAACCGGGCCCCUCGGCCAGCGCCUUUGGGAUUGGCACGCCCGCCCUGGGCAGCGGCUCCCCCGCCGUUGCGUUCAGCUUUGGGGCUGGGCAGAGCACGGCAGCCCCGGCAGCAGCACCGUUUGGCUCUUCCCUGACGCAGAGUGCGCUGGGUGCGCAGAACCAGAGCACGCCCUUCGCCUUCACCGUGCCCAGCACGCCCGACAACAAGCCCGUGUUCGGAGGAACUCCUGCACCCGCCUUUGGGCAGAGCACACCUGUCCCGGGAGCAGUGGGGAGUGGAAGCAGUAGCCUUUCCUUCGGGACACCCAGCACUCCUGCCUCGGGCUUCGGAGGAGUCGGCGCUUCCUUCGGUUCGUCCACUCCUGCCUUUUCCAUCGGGGCAGGAUCCAAGACGGGUGCUCGCCAGCGGCUAGAGGCGCGGAGGCAGCACUCGGCCCCAGGGAAGGCAGCGAGUCCUCGGCAGGGCCAGGAAGGGAAGGUGUUCACCAGCCUGUGGCAUGGGACAAGGGUCAGUGCUGAGCCCCGCAGGACCCCGCACUGCAUCCCCCCACGCCUGGCGCACCUGAAAGCAGCACCCUGCUCCUGCAGCACGGCGUGUACCACAUCCUCAUUCUCCUCCUGGUGCAGCGAGCAGGUGGAGUAG